CCAGAAAGAUGGGUGUUCCUCACGGCUUGCGGGGCUCUUUCUCCGUUCAGCCCUCCAGUCUGUUUCCCAGGGCUCUCCUCCCACUCUGAUAUCCGAACCUCAUGCUAGUCCCCAAAGUUGCCAACAUCCUGUACUUCAUGUAGCAGCCCACCGCGGUUUCUCCCACUGCCUCGCCCCCAAAACCCGUCCUCUCGGCGCCCUCUCUGGUCGUCCAAGCUCGGGCGGCUCGGUCUUUCUCCAGCCUCAGAACCCCACCUCACGCCCGCCUCCCGCUUCCUGCCCUGCCGCACUGCGCGGCCUCGGCUCCCUCUUCCUGCGCGCGGCCCUUCCUCCGGUCGCCGGGAGUAGGCGACACUGCCUGGAGCCGCCUGUGCGCCGGCGGAGACAGGACUGCCUGGGAGGCAGGAGCCCGCCGCAGCACUGGAGCCCUUCCCUCAGCCUCCCUGCCGCCGCCUCCCUCGCCUCCUGGCGACUCUCACUAAUGCCUCCCACCCGACUGGGAUUGGGCUAGUGAACCGGAGCAAACGACUUCCGAUCCACUCCGCGUUGCAGCGGCACCCUUUUGGGAUUUGAUUAGCAGCAUCUUUGAGCUGGUACCACAAAAAUCCCGGCGAAGAACGCCUAGCCCACCCCUGGCACCCCGAGACAAACCCAUUCCCUCCUAGGGACACAGCUGGGCGCGCCCACACCCCCGCAUCCCCUACACCAUGUUGUGCGGAAGGACUUCCACUCCCCGCCUGUGUCGUUGAUGUCAGACCCCAGGCCAGCCUCCGGGCGCUGCAGUUCUCCUGGCUAAUGCUGCGGCUGUGGCUUGGGCUUUAGUACAUAAGCCAGCCGCCGCCGCCCCCCGCCCCCCUCCCCGGCCUCAGCACCCACAGUCUGCAUGUGUGUGCGGUAGCCGGCUGCGUGUUCCCCCGGAGCUCUGGAGACCACCGCGGGGCUCUUCUCUGCCCGUGGGAGAAGUGGCCUUGGAGGUAUUGAUUUCCGUGGUUGGAUUUUUCUCGUGGAUCUAUCAAUUCACAAUUCGAAUUUGGAAGAAAGAAGGAAAACAUGACGUCUCCAGCCAAAUUCAAAAAGGAUAAGGAGAUCAUCGCAGAGUACGAUACUCAGGUCAAAGAGAUCCGGGCUCAGCUCACAGAGCAGAUGAAAUGCCUAGACCAGCAGUGUGAGCUCCGGGUGCAGCUGUUGCAGGACCUGCAGGACUUCUUCCGCAAGAAGGCUGAGAUUGAAAUGGACUAUUCCCGUAACCUGGAGAAGCUAGCCGAGCGCUUUCUAGCCAAGACAAGAAGCACCAAGGACCAGCAAUUUAAGAAGGACCAGAAUGUUCUCUCUCCAGUCAACUGCUGGAACCUCCUCCUAAACCAGGUGAAGCGGGAAAGCAGAGAUCAUACCACCCUGAGUGAUAUCUACCUGAAUAAUAUAAUUCCUCGAUUUGUUCAAGUCAGCGAGGACUCAGGAAGACUCUUUAAAAAGAGUAAAGAAGUUGGCCAGCAGCUCCAAGAUGAUUUGAUGAAGGUCCUGAACGAGCUUUAUUCGGUCAUGAAGACAUAUCACAUGUACAAUGCCGACAGUAUCAGUGCUCAGAGCAAACUAAAGGAAGCAGAGAAGCAAGAAGAGAAGCAAAUUGGGAAAUCAGUGAAGCAAGAGGACCGGCAGACCCCCCGCUCCCCUGAUUCCACAGCCAAUGUCCGCAUUGAGGAAAAACAUGUCCGCAGGAGCUCAGUGAAGAAGAUCGAGAAGAUGAAGGAGAAGCGACAAGCCAAGUACACAGAGAAUAAGCUGAAGGCUAUUAAAGCCCGGAAUGAGUAUUUAUUGGCUUUGGAGGCAACCAAUGCAUCUGUCUUCAAGUACUACAUUCAUGACCUGUCUGAUAUUAUUGAUCAGUGUUGUGACCUAGGCUACCAUGCUAGCCUGAACCGGGCCCUGCGCACUUUCCUGUCUGCUGAAUUAAACCUGGAACAAUCAAAACACGAGGGUCUGGAUGCUAUUGAAAAUGCAGUAGAAAACCUGGAUGCCACCAGUGACAAGCAGCGGCUCAUGGAGAUGUACAACAAUGUUUUCUGUCCCCCUAUGAAAUUUGAAUUCCAGCCCCACAUGGGAGAUAUGGCCUCUCAGCUCUGUGCCCAGCAGCCGGUACAGAGUGAGCUGGUGCAGAGAUGCCAACAACUGCAGUCUCGCUUAUCCACUUUGAAGAUUGAAAAUGAAGAGGUGAAAAAGACAAUGGAGGCAACCCUGCAGACCAUUCAGGACAUCGUAACAGUGGAGGAUUUUGAUGUGUCUGACUGCUUCCAGUAUAGCAAUUCCAUGGAGUCUGUCAAGUCAACAGUCUCAGAAACAUUCAUGAGCAAGCCCAGCAUUGCUAAGAGGAGAGCUAACCAGCAAGAGACAGAGCAGUUUUAUUUCACGAAAAUGAAGGAGUACUUAGAGGGAAGGAACCUUAUCACCAAGUUACAAGCCAAACAUGACCUCCUGCAGAAAACCCUGGGAGAAAGUCAGCGGACAGAUUGUAGUCUUGCCAGGCGAAGCUCUACUGUGAGGAAACAGGAUUCCAGCCAGGCAAUUCCUCUGGUGGUAGAAAGCUGCAUCCGGUUUAUUAGCAGACAUGGCCUACAACAUGAGGGAAUUUUCCGAGUGUCUGGAUCACAAGUAGAAGUGAAUGACAUAAAAAAUGCCUUUGAGAGAGGAGAGGACCCCCUAGCUGGGGACCAGAAUGACCAUGACAUGGACUCCAUAGCUGGUGUCCUCAAGCUUUACUUCCGGGGCCUGGAACACCCACUCUUUCCCAAGGACAUCUUCCAUGACUUGAUUGCCUGUGUCACAAUGGACAACCUGCAAGAGAGAGCUGUGCAUAUCCGGAAAGUCCUUCUGCUCUUGCCCAAACCCACUCUGAUUAUCAUGAGAUACCUCUUUGCCUUCCUCAAUCACUUAUCACAGUUCAGUGAAGAGAACAUGAUGGACCCCUACAACCUUGCCAUCUGCUUCGGGCCCUCACUGAUGUCAGUGCCAGAGGGCCAUGACCAGGUGUCCUGUCAAGCCCACGUGAAUGAACUGAUCAAAACCAUCAUCAUCCAACAUGAGAACAUCUUCCCAAACCCCAGGGAGCUGGAGGGCCCCAUCUACAGCAGAGGAGGAAGCAUGGAAGAUUACUGUGACAGCACUCACGGAGAGACUACCUCUGCUGAAGACUCCACCCAGGAUGUAACAACAGAACACCACACAAGUGAUGACGAAUGUGAGCCCAUUGAGGCCAUUGCCAAGUUUGACUACGUAGGCCGCACAGCCCGAGAACUGUCUUUCAAGAAGGGAGCAUCUCUACUGCUUUAUCAGCGUGCUUCUGAUGAUUGGUGGGAAGGCCGGCACAAUGGUAUAGACGGACUCAUCCCCCAUCAGUACAUCGUAGUACAAGACACCGAGGACGGUGUCGUGGAGAGGUCCAGCCCCAAGUCUGAGAUUGAGGUCAUGUCUGAGCCACCUGAAGAAAAGGUGACAGCCAGAACGGGGGCCAGCUGUCCCACUGGGGGUCAUGUAGCUGAUAUUUAUCUUGCAAACAUCAACAAGCAAAGGAAGCGUCCAGAAUCUGGGAACAUCAGAAAAACAUUUCGGAGUGACAGCCAUGGGCUGGGCAGUUCUCUGACUGACUCCUCCUCCCCGGGGGUGGGGGCUAGCUGCCGUCCAUCCUCCCAGCCCAUCAUGAGCCAGAAUCUCCCCAAAGAAGGGCCAGAUAAGUGUUCCAUCAGUGGCCAUGGGAGUCUCAACUCUAUCAGCCGCCACUCAUCCUUGAAGAACCGACUGGACAGUCCACAGAUUCGGAAGACUGCCACGGCAGGAAGGUCAAAAAGCUUUAAUAACCAUCGGCCCAUGGACCCAGAGGUCAUUGCACAGGAUAUUGAAGCAACAAUGAACUCUGCCCUGAAUGAGCUUCGAGAGCUAGAGCGGCAGAGCAGUGUUAAGCACACCCCUGAUGUGGUUCUGGACACCUUGGAACCCCUCAAGACCUCCCCAGUGGUAGCCCCCACAUCUGAGCCCUCCAGCCCCCUGCAUACUCAGCUCCUCAAAGACCCUGAGCCUGCCUUCCAGCGCAGUGCUAGUACUGCCGGGGACAUUGCCUGCGCCUUCCGGCCUGUCAAAUCUGUCAAGAUGGCUGCUCCAGUCAAACCACCAGCCACACGCCCCAAGCCAACUGUCUUCCCCAAAACAAAUGCCACUAGCCCUGGUGUCAGUUCAUCUACUUCCCCACAGUCCACUGACAAGUCUUGUACUGUCUAAGGGGUAUAACAUAAUUGUUGUAGACAAGGAGAUUGACCAUUAUUAAAAUCUUACUAUUUAACUAGCUUGGGACUUCAGUUGAAAAUUAGAUUCUAAGUUGUUCUUACAGGAAUUAGCCUUCCCAUUACCCAGCCCUUGAGAAUGAAACCCUUGUUAACUGCUUUUCCCUUUCUGGUCUCCCCUUUCUUCCUCCCCUCUUUACUCCCCUCUGUUAUAAUCCAAUCAGCUCCAGUACAUACUGUUCUUAGGCUAGUCAGAGACAAGUUUUUCAUUAUUGGGUAGCUGUGGUAUCUGCCAAGCCAAGAUAUGGGGACAUGGGCCUAUGUGUCUGUCCCUUCAAACCACAGAGGGCACCUUGGCCAGAUGGUUGGCAGCAGCCACUCAGCUCUCAGUGGCAUAUUGCUUUGAGUACUGAUUUAAAAAAUCAUAUGUAGCCCAGUUCUCAUCUUACAUAAAUAUAUAUGUGUGUGCACAUGCACACUCAUGUGCAUGCACACACACACAGGUUUUUCUGGUCUCUGUUAUAACCAGCUUCUCCUGGUCAAAGGCCACUCUUUGUUGUAGUGUCAGUUCACACAGAAGCCACCAGGAGUCUCUGUUUUCAUCACAAACUUUGUUCUGUUUGGAACAGAGAAAUCUGGCCUUCGAAAUCUCUGUGUCAUAGAAAUUUAGCAGAAUGGGACAGUCCUGUGAUCUCGUGGGGGUUGGGAUUCUGUCUUCUUCCUCUUGCUUCCUCUUGGUCACUGGUGUUUGCAUUUGCUCUGCUCCAUUCUGUAGAUGUGUAUCCCAGUCUAAUUAUAGAACUUUUAAAGUUUUUCUGAACAUAUAGACUUUUAUUUGGUUCUUGUCUUUGUCUCUGACACACCAUUUUCCAUUUAAGAUGGUUUUCAAUAUAAGACAGUUUUAUAAAGCUAGUUCCUUUUAGAGUAAAAAGUCUUAAAGUUUUAUUGUGUUUAUGACAGGUUUGAAAAGGGUAGGAAAUGGGUCCUUCUUCCUCCCACUGUUUUUGGCAUUUAAAAAAUUUUAAAAUUCACCAUUCUAUUAAAAAAAAAUUAAGUUGCUCUCUGCUGAUUCAAAAAUUGUUCCCAGAUUGAAACUAUGUCAAGUUCACUUCUUGGCUUAGUUUUUUUAUAAGGAUCUCUCUAGGGAUGAACAGGGGCUUGGAAAGCCCUCAUUAAAUUCUAGAGAUGGUGCCUUUUUGAAACUUUUUUAUUUAUACAAACAAGGACAAAUAAGGGAACUUUGGCCCCACAAACUCAAAUUUGUUUUCCCAAAGCCAGAAUCUUAAAAAAGGAAAAUAUUGAAGUUUCACAUUGGGGCCUGCCUUUGGCCUUUUCAGAUGUGCUACCAUUGGAUGCUCUAGCCAGCUUUACAAGCCUGGUGCUUGGAUCACCUGCUCUUUAUGUUGCUUCCCUGGUGCCAGAGCUAAGAAAUUAUACUUCAGGCUCAUGUGUUUCAUCAGUUUCUUGCAGCUCAGGUGUAUUCCUCUUCUCUGUUUUCUGGUUUGAAACCUAUGCUUUUAUUUUAACUGUAUUGUUUUCUGUAGUUAGAGAUGUGGGUUGUCAUUUAGGUUAGAGAAUCUGAACGUUCUUAGCUUGGGCUAGAAGUGAUUCUUUUAGACCAACAUGUGAAGCUGGUAGUUGGAUCAGUAGAAAGUAGUGGAUGUUUCUCCCUGAGUGAAAGGAGUGGGGAGCUUGAAGAAGUCACCUAUACAAAGAGUAACUCUUACAACACCAAGGAGAUUGCUCUCUGAGCUAGAGAGGAGAACUAGCACUCCUUAAGUAGAGUGAGUCAGACUGAGAGGGGCAACCCUUGGCCCUUUGGAUGCCUCAUUCUUACUAUUUUUUUUACUGACCUGUCAUCUUUACCCAGGCUUGUACUGCUCCUAAGCCAAGAGGGGCUUUCAGACCCAAGGAUCCGUUUCCUUGCUGAAAAUUAAGAUCCACCCUUCCCUUUUUACAUUCCUCUUAAUCUAGGUGAUCAGAGUUUCCAGCCUGCCCUUUUUCCUCUCUCCAAGACACACCCUCUAAGAAGGUAAAAGCAAAGCUUCUAAAAGACCAUACUUUGGGCCUGUUCUUUAGUUCUUGCCUUCUCUUUUAAUCCUGUACAUUAUUUGUGUUUGUCAUCCCCUUGGUCGAUGUCCAUCUGCUGAUUUGCAUAAUGAACUGGACAGUGUACAAGUGGUUCCCUACUAACCCCAGCUUGGGAGCCUAACUGUCUUCCUUACUCUGGUGCUUCUGAUGCCUGUGAGAUGAUCCUGUUAAAAGGAGUAGGAACCAAAAGGAGGAGAGUCCUCCUCAGCAGAGCUCACUUCAACUGGAAUUAAGGUUGCACACUGUGAUUUUUACACCCAAAAGCCAAAAGGAGCCGGCCACCCCAGGCCUUGGGAAACCAGCCUUCCUCACAUAGGCUUGCCCAAAACCAGCAUGAUGCUUUCAAGAGCCCUGCUCUGCCCUUGUGGCAUGGAUCCUUUACCUGGUGUGGACUCAGUCUUUGGGGAAGAAAAGUGGAGUGGAACUGCCAGCAUCACGGUUCAGAAAGUAGAGGAGUUUGCCACCAGCAGAUUAUGAACUGGAAAUUCUGGUCUCUGCCAGCCUCCUCAGGCCACCCUCAUUUAUCCCCAAGGAAAUGAGAAAUCCCCCCACCAGGAUCAACUGACCACUGGAAGGGCUGGUGUGCAUGGACUUCCAUCCAGAAGAGAACUUAGAUCUUCCAGGGAACUGCAAUGCUGUGGCGUCUAAUUUGUAUGUCACAUUUGUGUAAAAUGGUAUGUUCUUUAAAAUGGUGUUGAUAACUGGAAUAUUGUAUGUAUGCUUGAAGAUGCUUUGUGUGAACCUAAGACUUACUCAGCCGAUGUUGGAUUGGGGAAAAUCCAAAGCACAACUUCAAAAUAAAAUACAUUUUUAGGUUUC